AUGCUUUCAAUUUUUCCCGAUUGCGACAAACUAAAUGAUGAUGACUUAGGACGCCUGCUAACUGAGUUACACCGCUCUGCUCUUGCAACCUCUCCUGGUUCUUCAGCAACAGCAACAGCAGUUCCAAUCUCCAGCGACUCCAGUGACAUGGGCACCAGUUCUGGAGGAAGUCUGUUGAAACGCUUGAAAUUAGUCAACUGUAUAUCAAUGAGCCUCCGUCUUCACAUUGCUAGUCCGCCUGAGCCACUUGUAGCUUGGCUUGCAGCGACACGACCCUUAUCCAGUCCAAUUUUGACCCCUGAAAAUCUGAUCCACUCUCGGCCAGCCUCUUCUUCAUCAUCUUACUCAGCUUCUUCAGCUGGCAUGCCAUUAGAUACUACACUAGGACGGCUACUAGGUCAAAACGAAACGGCCUUAGGCUCGACUGCGAUAGCGCAACCACACAGGGCUCCACGCUUGUCCUCUGGUUAUGGCGGUGUUGGCUUACCUCAAUCUCCACAUGUGCUCCGUGGUCGUCGUUCAAGUAGUGUUGCAGGACGGAGCGAGGAAGGCAGUUUCGGUUAUGGGUCCAGAGCAACUGGAGUAACUGGUGUCGGACCUAACCCUCUUUUAUUUAGUCGCACCGGUCUUGGAAGUCGACUAGCUGGUAGUGGGGGCCGGGAGGAAAAUCUUGCAUGCCGGACUCCGCGUCCAAGCCGGCAAUCACAACCUGCAUUAUUGACUAAAUCAACACCCACAGGUCACGGGGACCAUUCUUUUUCGCUGGCCAGACCGAUUCGUGAAGUUCUCGAGUUCCCGGGACCUGAUAUGUUCUCACCAUACACUUCUUAUCGGUAUGCCCCUUCAUUAUCCUCCAUCCAAGCUUUCUCCCACCUUUGA